AUGCUCAACGAAGGCACAUCUGUGUUGGAUGAUGAGCAAGGUCGUGCUUACCACCCAGAUGCGAAAAAGGAGACAAGGGAAAAUGCACCAGUGGUGACAAAAUUGAAAGUUCCAUUUCCACAACGAUUGAUGAGUAGCCAGAGAGACCCUCAGUUGAAAAAGUUCCUUGGGAUCCUCAGAAAGCUCCACAUCAAUAUUCCUUUUGUUGAAGCCAUAUCACAGAUGCCGAAAUAUGCUAAAUUUCUGAAGGAGAUGCUAAGAAACAAAAAUAAUUUGGAAGAAUUCGAGACAGUCAGAUUGAAUGAGAAGUGCUCAGCAAUUUUACUAAGGGAGCUGCCGCCUAAGCUUAAGGAUCCAGGGAGUUUUACAAUUCUAUGCACUAUAGGCAAUUCUUAUUUUGAUAAAGCGCUCUGUGAUUUAGGCGCUAGCAUCAAUCUAAUGUCAUUUUUUGUGUUUAAAAGGUUGGGUAUGCAAGAACCCAAGCCAAGUUCAAUCUCUCUGCAACUUGUUGAUCGUUCAAUAACGUAUCCUAGGGGCAUAGUGGAGGAUGUCCUAGUCAGGUAG